AUGAUUGGCAGGAAGGAGAGGACAAAGAUGAGUUGGACGAUACUGUUUCAGUCAUUUAAUUGCGGCUUGUUUGGAAAUCAUGAUCAAACUUUGGUUGCAGCGAAACAAAUGUCAUGUGAAAAUGACGAUGAGUUUGUGGACUGUGUCUGCACCAUGAAUUUUAAAGAGAUGAAGAAGAAGAAUCAAUUGGUGCCAGCACAAAGCCCCCCGGAGGAAGAGACUAAUGGGGUGGAAGUAGUAGUGAGGAGUGAAGUAGAAGAUAAAAGCAACCAAAACAAAAGCAUGAAAAUGGUGAGAGUAGAUAGGGAUAACCAUGAAGAUGGAGACGUAGAGCAUAGUUCAGAACAGGAUGAGGAGGGAAAGGAACGAGGAGAAAAGGAAAAUUGUAAUAUUGUUUCCCAUGAUUAA